AUGAAUAAUAGAUUACUAUAUUUCGGAUUAUGUGAUGCUGCGGUUAGUUUAGUUGCUGGAAUAGUCAGUUUUAUCUAAUCUAACUGUUGUUUUAGCUUUAGUAUAAUAUUCAUAGCAGAGCUAAUUUUGAUGAUUGCAUUUAUUGUUUUGUAAUAUAAAAAGGUUUUAAAUGACCUGAUUAGAGAAACUUUUUUAGGUGUUUCAUACCUUGUAUGCCAAAUAUUAUAGAUUGAGUUCUUAGGAUCUCUUUAAUCUUCUGUAUAAACUAUAUUAAUAAAUAGGAAUAUAUUUUCUUUUUAAGUCUCAGAUUAUUUAUUUUAACAACAUCAAUAGAAAGAAUGCCUUUUCGAAUCACUAUAUUUUCUAUAACUUAUUUUUACAUUUGUAUUAGAUUACAAUUUUAUUUGAAUAUGUUUCCAUAUUUAGGAUUAGCAUUUAUUCCUUUUAUAUUUAUUGUUGAUUAAUCUCAAGAGAUUCUUUCUUCUUCAAUAAUUGAUUUUUUUUAAAAAACAUUGACGAAUCCAGUUCUAAUACUGGAUGCUUAAACAAAAGAGCCACUUUUUCAUACUAAAUAAAUGGAAUCAGAAUUUAAUUACACAUCUACAAAUUAAGAUUAUUUUAUUCAUUGUCUUUAAUAAUUUUAGGAUUCAUCACAUAAAACUCUUAAAAGUAUUUUUGAAGAACAACAAUAAUAAAUUGAAAAAAAAAGUAAACUCUAAUAUUGUAAAUUAAAAGAAAUAUCAAAUGAAGAUUAUUAAUAUAUUGAAACUCUAUAAAAUAAAAAAUUAACAACAUUAUUACAAGAUGAAAUCAAUUUUGAAAAGUAGGACUUAAUAAAUAUUGAAAGUCCUAAAGUUUAAAUAGAGAAUUAAAAAUUUUAAGUUUCAAAUUAAUUUAAUGAUGAUACUCCUCAUGGAAAAAGUAAAUUCAGAUUUAAGGAUAGUUAAUAUAAGUUAUUUGGAAUUAAUGAAUUGAAAUAAAAGAAAAUUAACAUAACAGUAUAAAAUUGCAUAUGGAACAAUAAGAAAGCUUUUAUGAUUUCUUUAAAAGAUUUAGAGAGUUAAAGGUUAUUAUAAAUAUUGACAGAAGAACUUGAAGAAAGCAAAAAAUAGAAUGAUAAUAAGGAUUAGAUAUUGGCAACUGUAUUUCAUGAUUUUAAGACUCCUAUAAAUGGAAUCUGUACUAUAGUAGAAGCAAUGGAGGAAAGAUACAAUCUUAAUGCUCCUUCUAAAUAUUAUUUGAGAAUAAUUAGAAAGAAUGUAUAUCUAAUGUUAUAUAUGAUAUAUGACAUUUUAGAUUUUGCUAGGAUUUAAAAAAAUUAAUUAAGAUUAAGUGUUAGUGAUUUUUAUUUAAAUGAAGUUAUAGAUGAGGUAGUAGAAUUAGUAGCAAUUUAAGCAGAAUAGAAAGGAGUUAUCAUCUAAACACAUUAUGAUAUACCUUCUUAUUAAAUAUAUAGUGAUCCUAAUCGUAUCAAAUAGAUUCUUAUGAAUUUUAUUUCUAAUUCAUUAAAAUUUACUGAACAAGGAUCAAUUACAAUAUCAGUGGAAUCUCCAUAAACUGAUAAAGCUAAUCAUAUAGUUAGAACAGUUUCAUCUAAAAAUGUACUGAAUCAAUAAUAAAAUUAAUAAACAAUUGGAUAAUUACGUAAAUAAUUAUCAGGUAAAUCUGUUAAGUCUUAAUCUGGAUAAAGUAGAAUGGUUUAUACAAUAUCUAUUUAAGAUACAGGUUGUGGUAUAUCUGAUCUUAUUAAACCUAAAUUAUUUAAUAUGUAUGCAACAUUUCCAAGUAAAGAUGUUUAAAAUAAAAGUGGAACUGGAAUUGGAUUAAUGGUUUGUAAGAAACUAAUUAAAUUGUUGGGUCCAUCUGAGAAAAUUGAUUUAUGGAGUGAAUAAAAUAAAGGAACUAAAAUGUCAUUUUAGAUUUAUUCACGAUUACCAGAUGAUCCAAAAAGAUCACCUAAUUAUAUAAGUGUUUUUAAAUAAGAGAGUAGUUCUAAAAAUUUUAAUCUUGAUAGUCCAUCAUUAAUUGAUGAAUAAGAAUAAAUGUAAUAAAAAUUUGUUAGAUCAUCAGUAUUACGUGUUUAUUCAAGACCUGUUGAUAAAAAUGAUACAGAAGCAGGUUUUGAUUUUAAUCCAGAACAUGAAGAUGAAGGAUAAUAGAAAUUAUAAAAUAUCAAUAUUUUAUAAAAUUUAAGAUCACCAACUGCAAGUAGAAUAAAAAUAAAAGAGUAGACUUUGGAUGAUUCAUAAGAAAUUAUGGAUCCAAGGUCAAGAUUACAAAAAACAUUAUAAAAUAAAACAUUUACAAUAUUAAUAGUUGAUGAUCAACCAUUUAACGUUUUGGCUUUGAAAUUAUUAUUAUAAGAUAUCUCAUUAAAUGUUUCAUUUUUAGAAGCCUAUAAUGGAUAAUAAGCUGUUAAUAAAGUAAUUAUAUUUUGUUAUAUAUGUAUAGUUAUUAACAUUUUAGAAAAGUAAGAAUAUUAAAUAUGUAUUAAUGGAUCUAUUCAUGCCAAUUUUAAAUGGAUGGAAAGCAGCUGCUAAGAUACGAGAUAUGGUAAUAUUAUAAUUUAAAUUAGAUAACUAAAAAACUAAUUGAAGAUGUAAAAAUAAUUGCAAUAUCAGGAUUUGAUGAUGAAAGUGAAUAGGAAAGAUGUGAAAAUGUUGGUUUUGAUGCAUUUAUUACUAAACCUGUUAAAUUAGAGAUGAUUGCUGAAGUAUUUGCACAAUUAGAGUAUAAUUGA